AUGCCCGCAACUUCGCAAAGUGAACAGAAGGCGAUUCUACAGAGCCAUUUGGCGAACAUCAAGAAUCAAUCGAACUUGAUGAAACAAUGCCUUCUGGAGAAUAAUUUACUUCAGGCGCUCAAGCACUGUUCGAACAUGCUCAACGAGCUUAGGACCAACCAAUUGACACCCAAGUUUUAUUACGAGCUCUACAUGAUCAUUUUUGACUCCUUGGAGAUCCUUUCCACGAACUUGUUGGCCAGUCACAAGAGAAGGAACAAGAAGAAGGGAAGUAACAACAGUGAUGCCAGUGGCAAUAGCUCAGCAGCGAGCUCCGCUACUCCAUUCUUGGCGGAUUUGUACGAAUUGGUUCAAUAUUCUGGAAACAUUAUCCCUAGGCUCUAUAUGAUGAUUGUAGUCGGAACCACGUAUAUCUCAACGAAGGAUGCGCCCACCAAGGAGAUCAUGAAGGAUAUGAUAGAGAUGUGCCGUGGGGUUCAGCACCCAAUCAGAGGACUCUUCUUGAGGUACUACCUUCUGCAGAGGAUCAAGGACUUGUUACCCAUUUCCACCAGACAGGAUUUCGACGAGACCGUGGAAUUUUUGAUCUCCAACUUCAUUGAGAUGAAUAAGCUUUGGGUAAGGUUACAACACCAGGGCCAUUCGAGUGAACGGGAAUUACGGUUCAGAGAACGUAAAGAGUUGAAGAUCUUGGUUGGGUCCAACUUGGUUAGAUUAUCGCAGAUUAUCGAUGAUUAUAGCGAGGUGGACCAUCCGGCAGGGGAUGCAGAGUAUAGGCCCAUUGAGUACUACAAGGAUAGGAUUUUCUCCGUAAUUGUGGAGCAGAUCAUUCAAUGUAGGGACCACUUGGCUCAAAGCUAUUUGAUUGAUGUCAUUAUACAGAUUUUCCCUGUUAAUUUCCAUUUUGCCACGUUGAGCAUGUUGUUGCAGGAUGUCUUCUUGUAUUUGAACCCCACGUUGCGCAAAAGUGAGUUGGUUUCCACUUUAGUUGAGAGGUUUAUCGUGUAUCAUAAGUUCGAGUCAGACAGCGAGAUAGUGUCCAGAGUGAAACUUGAAGAUAAAAAAGAAGGCAAGAAUGAUGUAUCUACGGAGCCCACGGAGGCCGCUGUUGUUGAGGAACUUAAUGGAAGUGAUUUUGCCGUUGGCGGGUCUCUUUUCGAUGCCUUUUGGGAAUUCUAUGUUAAGCUCUCUGAAUUGGACCCUGAACUACCAUCUGAAGAACACUCAACAAUAUUGCAAGCAAUAAUUAAACUAUCUUUGACUUAUGAGCCUGAUAAUUACGACAAUUUAGACAAAGUGUAUAAAUAUGCAAGCAAGAAACUUUCAAGUCGGGGAGAAGAAAAGUCAGAAAAUGCAGAUGCAGAGGAUGAAUUAUGGCUCCAGUUGCUUAUCGUCCCUAUUGAGCAUUUCAAAACUAUGAAAAACUUGUUAGAAUUGAGUUAUUUCUAUGAAUUCUAUUCCAGUUUGCAAAACCCUAAGUUCAAGAAACAAAUAUCCUUGGCCAUUGUGGAGAAGGUGUUGUCAAUUAAUGAGACCUUUUCAGAUCAUGGAGAAAUCGAUGGCAUUUUCAGAUACCUUCUUGUAUUGAUAAAAGACACGGCUGCAGAUCAGCACAAAUGGAAUACUGCAAAGAAUUUGGGUAUAACCCAGUCAUUUCAAAUUGAAAAUGGUUCGAAAAUAAUUACAAAAGAUUUCUUGAAAAUUCAAGAGAACAUUUCCAAAAUCUUACAUUUAUUGACCGACAGGCAAGAUCCAUUCAAAAGCUUAAGUAAUUUGAUGUACGUUCGUAAGAAGUACUUGAACAAAAGUGGUGAGAACAUGAUAUAUACAUAUCCAUCAUUAAUCAAUCAAAUCUUGAAUCAAUUGAAAAUUGCUGGCUAUAGAAGAAAAUACUUAAUUAAGAAGAAGAAGGAGAGUCAAAAGGAUGAAGGAAAAGAAGAAAUUGAAAGUGAUGACAGUGAGUUAUUACUUUUGACAACCAACUUCAAAAACCUUUCAGUAACCAUCGGUGAAUUCUAUCAAAUUCAUCAACAGCUCCACCUGGAAUUAAUUCUAAACUUAUAUUUAAAUGCAGCCGGUAUUGCAGAUCAAUUGGAACUUGAAUCAAUAUCUUAUGAACUUUUCACUCAAUGUUUCAUCGUUUAUGAAGAAAAUUUGAUAUUAAAUAGCAGUGGAGGAGUACAGAAUCAAAACCCACAUGAUGUAAUGGGAAGUGGAUCGAUUCCGUAUCAGCUGGUCAUUGCUAUAGCAAAUAAAUUGAGUGCAAGUAGAUAUUUCAGUAAGGAAAACUACGAAAACUUGAUCACUAAAAUAACAUUAUAUGCAUCUAAAUUAUUGAAGAAGCAGGAUCAAUGUAGGUCAGUUUACUACUGUGCCCAUCUUUGGUGGUGGUGCGAAUUGUUUAUUGAAGGUUCCUCUCCAACAGUUGAGAAAGAAAAAGAGUCCGGUACGGAAGAAGAAAAGAAGGAUGCGGAAGUGGACUCAGCUCCAAGACUUUACCGUGAACCAAAGAGAGUAUUGGAAUGUUUGCAAAAAUCUCUUAGGGUUGCAGAUUCAUGUAUGGAUCCAUUCUUAUCUUUAAGGUUGUUUAUCGAAAUUUUGAACAGGUGCUUGAUAUUUUAUAUCUAUGGGAACUACUUGGUUGACUCCAGGUAUAUCAACGGAUUAAUAGAUUUGAUCAAGACUAAUCUUGAAAAUUUGAAGAGCAAUAACGGGGAGAACGAAGACGAUAAUCAGACCUAUAUCAGAAUUGAGAGGUUAUUCAGAAGGUCGUUGGAUUACAUAGAUGAACAAAAGGCGAUCGAGGAUAGGUUCCAGGAUAUCGUUGUGUAG